AUUAUGUCUGAGAAAUUACCAAAACUAAGCCAGAAAAAAGCUAGGUCAUAAUCAUUAUAUGAGAAUCAAGUUGCUACAUAAAAACUAAAGGAAUCACUUUAUAAUUUAUAGACAAGUCGUUAUGGUCAGAGGCCUUAAAAAAAUCCUGUUAUUGAAUCAAUUGUUAAGGAGGCAGACGUAGUUCUAACUAACUAACAUUUGAAAGAGAACUUAUUUAAACUUAAGGAGUUAGGGUUAUUAAAGAAUUGUUAGCCAAAAAUAUUAACAUAGUCAGGAUUAAAGAAGAAAGAUUAUAUAUUAAAUGAUUAUCAUAAUAAAAGCACAUUAAAUGGAUAUUCAAGGAAUUACGGUGGAUUAUUUUAUAACAGAUGA